GUCUCUUUUCUUAUUUUCUUCUCUUCUUUUAGAAAGUUUUUCUGCAGAUUCGUGAUGGUGUAUAGUUCGUUUAAUUUCCUCGGAGUUUUGUAUAUUCUGAGACCAUAAAAGGCUCAAUUUCUGAAAUCAUUUUUUCCUAAUUAAAGAGUUUAUUUCAUUACACGAUGGUACAAAUGGAGGUGUCUUGGUUACGAGUUCUUCUAGAUAACAUCUCCUCCUAUCUAACUUUAUCAUCUAUGGACGACUUUUCUUCAAACCCUGCUCAUAAGUACUACACCAGAGGUGAAGAGAUAUCAAAGCUUCUCAAGCCUGUUCUUGAGAACCUCAUUGACUCUGACGCAUCUCCUAGCGAAUUGCUCAACAACGGUUUCGAAGAAUUAGCUCAAUACUGUGAUGAACUAAGAGAACAGUUUGAGAGUUGGCAACCUCUUUCAACUAGAAUCUUUUAUGUUCUUCGAAUUGAAUCAUUAGCAUCAAAGUUACGAGAAUCCAGUUUGGAAGUCUUUCAGCUCCUCAAACACUGCGAACAACAUUUACCUGCUGACACUAUUUCACCAUCUUUUGAGGAGUGCAUAGAAUUGGUGAAGUUAGUGGCAAGAGACGAUAUUUCGUAUACUAUUGAUCAAGCUCUAAAAGAUCAAAAGAAUGGUGUUGGCCCUACUUCAGAGGUUCUGGUGAAAAUUGCUGAGAGUACUGGUUUAAGAUCCAACCAGGAUAUUCUUAUUGAAGGUGUGGUACUUACAAAUAUGAAGGAGGAUGCUGAGCUUACCGAUAAUGACACCGAAGCUGAGUAUCUAGACGGUUUGAUCUCUCUAACAACCCGAAUGCAUGAGUACCUUAGCGACAUAAAGCAGGCUCAGUUACGUUGUCCAGUACGCGUACCUUCUGACUUCCGCUGCUCUCUAUCUCUUGAGCUUAUGACUGAUCCAGUCAUUGUGGCAUCCGGUCAAACAUACGAACGGGUUUUUAUCCAGAAAUGGAUCGAUAUGGGACUCAUGGUUUGUCCAAAGACAAGGCAGUCUUUAUCUCAUACCACUUUGACUCCUAAUUUCAUUGUCAGGGCUUUUCUUGCCAGUUGGUGUGAAACUAACAAUGUCUAUCCUCCUGAUCCAUUGGAGUUGAUUCACUCAAGUCAGCCAUUCCCUCUUCUUCUUGAAUCAGUGAGAGCUUCAUCAUCAGAGAAUUCAUCGCCAAUAAAGAAUGGCCAGGCAGAUGCAGAGGAACUGCCUCAGGUCUUUAGUAGGUCUGCUUCUGCACCAGGCAUUGUCUCUGAAGUGGUUUGCAAAACCAAAAGAAGCACUAAUGGUGCUUCUGCUGCAGAUAGAUCAGUGUCACAGGCACGGAGUAAUACUCCUUGGAAAUUUCCAGAAGAGAGGCAUUGGCGUCACCCCGGGAUCAUCCCAGCGACCAUAAGAGAAACAGGAAGCAGUUCAAGUAUCGAAACCGAGGUGAAGAAACUCAUUGAGGAUCUCAAGAGUUCUUCAUUGGAUACACAGAGAGAGGCUACGGCUCGAAUCAGGAUACUAUCAAGAAACAGUACAGACAAUCGCAUUGUGAUUGCGAGGUGCGGAGCAAUCCCUUCGUUAGUCAAUCUGCUUUACUCCACGGAUGAGAGAAUCCAAGCAGACGCAGUGACUUGCUUACUAAACUUAUCCAUCAACGACAACAACAAGUCCCUCAUCGCGGAAAGUGGAGCUAUCGAACCGCUCAUUCACGUUCUCAAAACAGGAUACUUAGAAGAAGCUAAAGCAAAUUCAGCAGCAACUCUAUUCAGCUUAUCGGUGAUCGAAGAGUACAAGACAGAGAUAGGAGAAGCAGGAGCUAUAGAGCCACUUGUUGAUCUCUUGGGAAAUGGAAGUCUCAGUGGCAAGAAAGAUGCAGCCACGGCUUUAUUCAACCUCUCAAUACACCAUGAGAACAAAACAAAGGUAAUCGAAGCUGGAGCAGUGAGAUACUUAGUUGAAUUGAUGGAUCCUGCUUUUGGAAUGGUGGAGAAAGCUGUGGUAGUGCUGGCGAAUCUUGCAACGGUUAGAGAAGGAAAGAUAGCGAUUGGUGAAGAAGGAGGAAUACCGGUAUUGGUGGAAGUUGUGGAGUUAGGAUCAGCAAGAGGCAAAGAAAAUGCAACUGCAGCACUAUUGCAGCUUUGUACGCAUAGCCCAAAAUUCUGCAACAGUGUCAUAAGAGAAGGAGUGAUUCCACCUCUUGUGGCACUUACUAAAUCAGGAACAGCUAGAGGCAAAGAGAAGGCACAGAAUCUUCUUAAGUACUUUAAAGUACACAGACAAAACAAUCAGAGGAGAGGCUGAUCUUGCUUUACCUUAAAGGUUGUUCUAAAGUUCUAACUUAUAUACAUACAUGAUACACAUGCAUAUAUGAUCCUUAUAAUUUAUAAAUAUGAAACUGUGAA